UUGGCUUAAACCCUAGCAGAGACUUUUCAGCCGACACGUGGCACAACACACUUGGCUUAAAACACCCCCCAUUCUUCCAUCUCUUCAAUCAACACAAUUCUCUCUCAAAUCCCUCUCUCCCCCUUUUAUCACUACGGAAGUCGGAAAGCGAUUUCGAAAUUCCAAGUUACAGAUGGAGCAGGCCGCGACUUCAAGCAGCCCUCCAACAGAGGAUGAAAUCGCCGUCGCCGAAAUCCUGCUCAAUCUCAAGACCAUGAUGUUGCCGCUAUCUGAAUCGCUGCCUGAUUGCAAGUGGGGCUGCCGAAGGAAGAGAUCUUGCCUUGUGUCGCCGCCCUCAAUUAGUGGUUCAGCAAACAGAAUUGAAGACAGAAAAACUCCAAUCAAAGCUCGCACCACCGUCAGCCCCGACACGCCGCUCGUAUUCUCUGCCAGUGAAUCCGAUGAUAAGCCCAAGAAAACAUCCAAGAAUAAGUCAAAGGUUAGGGAGGAUUACUUGGAUUUGAUAGAGGAAGAAACAAAGCGGAAGAAGUUGCUCACAGGGGAGAUUGCAAAAGUGAACAAAUACUACGACGAGCUCAAGGAAACCAACCGCCGUCUCAAAGCAAUGAAACAGGAGGCGAUGGCCAAGUGUGGAUUCGAUCUGAACCUUCCAGCUGAAGAGGAAUCAGGCGGCGUGGGGAUAUAUUGGUCGUUGGAUGAUGAUAAACGGGCCAGAUCUGCCGAAGCGAGGAGGAAGAGGAUACGAAUAAUCAAGACCAAGUCGACUAGGAAAUAGUAACACGUGGUCGUGGUGAAUAACUAAAUUAAAUCAAUUUAUUUUUUUUGUUUCAAAUUAGCCACUGUAGGAGUAAUGUUUUUGGGAUAUAUUUUUGUACUAUAUUCAUCAAAUCUUUCAAGAUUUGGAGAAA